AUGACUACAACUAACCAGUCACGUGAGAGUAAUCCGCAUGGCCCAGGUUCCCAGCGUAGUAGCCUUACUACACAGACUACCGUCAAUAUACCACGUCUAGUGAAGCUCCUGGGUCCCAUUGAUAGGGCUCAAGGCGCGAGGUUGAUGGGGCUUUUAUCGGUCAUCAUUGGAAGAACCUACGUUAGUAAUAGGAUAGCUCAUAUCAAUGGUCAUGCAUUGAGGUUGCUAAUGCAGAGGAAGACUGUGGAUUUCUAUGCUUUGGUGGUUAAUGCCCUUAUGAUGGGCCUCAUUCAGGCUGUUCUCACUCCUCUUGGUGAUAUCAUUGAGGCUGGCAUUGCUGACCAUUGGCGGCGACAACUCACGAAUACACUCUCUAAACGGUAUUUCAAGGACUCCACCUUCUAUCACUUGGUAUCGCCAGCUGGCGGCUGUGAUCAGGUCAUUGUGGAGGACGUCCCUAAGGUGGGAUACAUCAGGGCUUCCUGCCAUUCUAAUGAUACACUAAAGCCGCUGGUGGAUCUGGGCUGGUUUAGUGCUGGUGUCUUCCAGCUUACGGGCACCACUGGUCUGUCUUCUUUAUUGACCUACAUCAUUUCCGGGAUGGUGUUCCUUCGUCUCAUCCGUCCUGAUCUUGCCGGAUUGACGGCCAAACGAGAGGAGCUGGAUGGGGCCUUCUCAAUGUUCCAUGGUCGACUAAGUCAGUGUGCUGAGUCCAUCGCCUUCCUCGAUGGUGGUGCUGUAGAGUCACGGACAGCUGAUAAGUACUGA